AUGGCUUUAUCUUCAACAAUUCCAUGGGGUUAUUUAGAACCAAUUAAUAAUAUAUAUCCUCGUGGAAUUUUAACAAAAUCAUCAUAUAUAAUUGGACGUCAUCCAACUGAAUGUGAUAUUGUAUUAGAUUCAAAUGAUCUUCGACAACAUGAAUAUUUUAUUCAUUUAAGUUCGAAACAUUUUAUAAUCGAAUAUAUAAAUAAUAAUAAUCGAUCAAUAGUUUUUCGAGAUGUUAGUAGAAAUGGUUGUUAUAUUGAUGGUGAACUUGUUCAUAAUUCAAAAAUUUCGUUUCAAAAUAAUGAACAUAUUAUUUCACUUGCUUUAAAAGAAAAUCGUGCAUAUAGAUUUAUUCAUUUAUCAGGUUUAUUUGGUGUUAUUGAUCUUGAUGAACGAUAUUUAAAAGCUAAUUUACUUGGUUCAGGUUCAUUUGCAGAUGUUUAUAAAGCUAUAUCAUAUGUAACACAAACAUAUCAUGCAAUAAAAAUUAUAAAUAAAGAUCAAUGUGAAAAACAAAUUGGUCCUGGCUUUUCAAAAUAUCUUUAUCGAGAAGUAUCUAUUCAUGGUAGUGUUGAUCAUCCAUGUAUACUUCGUCGCUUUAAUGUUUAUCAUGAAAAAUCAGAUCUAUUUGUUGAAAUGGAAUAUGCUAGUGGUGGUUCAUUAUUUGAUCGUAUAUAUAAAACAUAUAUUAUGACAGAAGAUGAAUGUAAAUUUAUUUUUUAUCAAAUUGCUUGUGCACUUACAUAUUUACAUCGAAUUAAAAUAGUUCAUCGUGAUAUAAAACCAGCUAAUGUUCUUCUUAUGUCAAAUGAAAGAGAAACAAUUGCAAAAUUAAGUGAUUUUGGUGUAGCGAAAUAUAUUUAUGCAUCAUCAAGAUAUUUAAAUACAACUAUUGCUGGUACACAACAAUUUAUGGCACCCGAAGUACAAUUUCAAACAGGACAUUCAACAAAUGCUGAUGUUUGGUCGUUCGGUAUGACUCUAUUGAAUGCUUUUGUUGGAGAUACUAUUUUUCGUCUACGAGGUAUUCGUGCAUUGAAUUCAAUAUCACAUACAAAAAGAGAUCUUAAAGAAAUUCUUAUAAAAACAUUAGAAAAGAAUACAUUUGCUCGACCAGAUAUGAAUCAAUUAUUUCGUUAUACAUGGUUUCGUGAUAGUGUAUGUUUUGAACGAAUUCAAAAACUUAUACAUUCACAAACAGGAAAAUAUUUAAAUUUACCUUAUGAAAGAUUAUUAGUUGUUGGCGUUGUUUUUACCACACCACCACAGACAAUAAAUGGUAGCAGAGGAUUCUAUACGAAAUAUGAUAAAAAACCAGAUCAAUUAUCAAUUCGUUAUUUUACUCCAUUAAAACAUGCAGAUGUUUAA